CUGCCGCCAACUGUGAGCUCAGAAUUCUCCAUGACCUUCUACCCUUUUCACUUUCUCCAGUAUUACAAAAUCCAAAUUGGCGGGUCCCUCGUGACCACUCCAAAUCGAAUCUGAUUCCAAGAGCAAGAAAACGAACUGUCUCAUCCUUCCCUUCCCCUCUAUUACCAUUCCUCUCCGUUACCCUUCUUAUCCACUCCUUACAUUCCCAGCUCCUCCUUGGGCUAAAUCUUUUGAGUCGAUCUAAAGCAUUCCUGAUGGGUAUUUUGUCUUAUCUUUCGUUCUCCAAUCCUUGAUUCCAAAACUUUCGAUUCAUCGUAGAGUUUUUUUUUUUUUUUUUUUGGAUUUUUUGGAUAGGUUGAGUUGAUCCUUGCCAACAUCGAAGAGUUUUGAUAUGGGUUGUUAUAGUGUGUUUUUCUCCUCCUUGAAUCUUCUCCUUGGGUUGGAUCUUUGGAUGUGCGUUUAGGCUUAGCGAUGCUGGGUUCAGGUAUGAAUCUGACUACGAUUGUGAUCGGGUUUGGGAUGAGCGCGACGUUUAUUGUGUUUGUGUGCACGAGACUAAUGUGUGGGAGGAUCCGUUCGCUGGAGUCCAGACCAGUGUUCGAACUGGACGCCGUGACUGAUCUUGAACAGUCGGAGCAAAGGAUGAAUGGCCUUGAACCAGUUGUAGUUGCAGCAAUUCCUACAAUGAAGUUCAAUAGUGAUGCUUUCCGUUUUGAAGAUGCACAGUGUUCAAUAUGUUUAGGCGAGUACCAAGAAAAAGAAGUUCUGCGAAUUAUGCCCAAAUGCAGCCACAAUUUUCACCUCUCCUGCAUUGAUGUGUGGCUACAAAAGCAAUCAACCUGUCCAGUUUGCCGUGUCCCAUUACAAGAAUCUAUUGGAGAAAAAAAUGUGAGACCACCAAUGUUUGGUACAGUCCUACACUCCGUGGAUGGUCCAGAGAUCGCGAGUGACCAAUGGCAGCUACCUGGCACCGUACAUUCAGAGGGGAAUGGAAGUAUCCAGGGCCACCAUGAAUCUGUACCUGGAAACUUGGAAAGUACCGUAGCAGAAGAAAUAGAAACAAGGAGUUAAUGUAAAACAAGAAGAAAAAGGAAAUCAGGCUGGAUUUUUUUCAGGAAGCGAAAUAUACAUUUGCUUCUUGUUAAAAGGUGUUCAUGUACAAAAUUUAUACCAUGGCCAGGGUUGUUUCUUGAGCCUGAUCUGUUGGUGACUUGUCGGGACAUAUGACAGAUCUGGGUCUAGAAAUGUGGAAAAUUUCCAUGGCAAAUGUGAGCAUGGUUCAGAUCUCUCAUGCCUUAUGGGUGCUGGUGGAAUUCUUAAUGUGGUAUGUAGAAAAUACCCUUAGUGUUUGUACACUGACAUUCUUUUACGGUCAAGUAGUAAUUUACAUUACUGUUUAAAAA